ACGUAUUUUUACAGGAACACAGAUUAGAUUAUUAGUGUUUCAUUAAUCAUCGAAUGAUUUCUUUUACUAUAAAUCGAUAUUUUUCUUUGUGUAAAAAAUUAAAAAUUCAUCAAUUGUUUCCAACUUAGGACGAAUUAAUUAUGAAAUUGAUUUUUAUCAUUUUUAUCAUAUUUAUAAUAUGCACUUUAAAUCUAAUUUAUGCCAAAGUUCCAAGUGGUUAUGUAGACCCUUCAAAUAUAAAAAAAUAUGAACGAGGUCGAUAUUCAUCAUAUAGGCAACAAGAAGAUCAAGAAAACUGUUUGGAAAUGCAACGUAUUGAUUGUGAAUGUGAUAACAAAGAUUGUAAGCACUAUGAAGAUGACGUUUUAAACCUACAUGCUUAUCACAAACGUUUGGUUAACAGUUUGAUCAACUCUUUACAAGUAAAUGGUGAUAAAUAUGUACUUAAAUUGAAUACUGAAAUUAUGGAAGAACAAUUACAAAUAUUAAAAGAUUAUGGAAAAUCGAAAGAAUUAAAUUAUGAUACGCUACGUCAAGUUGAUGACCUGAUAUCAGAUAUUUUAUAUGAAGCGCAAAGUGCUUCUAUUUACGAUAAUAUAAAUGAAAAUUGGACGCAUUAUUUAAAAUUAUUUUCAACUACACAAAAUAUUAUUAUAAUUGCUGUAACUGCGGUUGUUUACAUGACGUAUCGAUUAAUUCAUAUACAAUUUUCGAUAUUACGAGCGAUUGGUUUAUUUAUGUUUGUGUUUUUGAUUAUUGGAUUUGGAUGGACUUGGCAUGAUCUUGUUGAGGAGGAGGAAAUAAAAUUAAUGUCGGAACGAAUGCAAUAUCCAAUACCACCCGAAUGUAAUGCUGCUGAAAUGACAUGGUUUCAAAGAUGGUUCUCAUCUAAAACAUCGGUAGAUUGUUUGAAAUUUGUACGUGCACAUAACAAACGGGCCAGCUUAUCAAUAACACCACAAAAAGUUUUCUCCGAAAUGUUUGGUCAAAGUAUAUCGCAUUUGCUAGGCCAUUUUAUUAAUACAAUGGUAGAAUUUAUCACUAAAAUGCAUGAAAGUCUACCAUUUCCAUUCAAUUAUUUAUCUUUGCCGUUUUUAUUACUCUUUGUCCUUCUUAUGAUUGUGCUUAUGGUAAUUAUAUUAUCUGGAACUCGUUUAAGACUAAGCAUUUUACAUAUAUUUAAUAUGGAACUUGGUAAUUCUUCAAGAAGAAGAGAUGGAGAUAGAGACCAUAGAGAAUACUUACAACAAAUUCCACAACAAGCUCUUUUAGAACAAAAAAAUGUGGACGCUGGUGCUGACAUGCAAAUUCAAAAUCAAAGACUCCCAUUGGAAGGGAAUGCUAAUGUCCAAAUUCAACGACCAGUUCGCAUAGAACCGAUAAAUUUUGAUGAUGGUGAUAACAUACAAACGCAACACGAAAGCCCCAAAUUAGAAGUAAAUUUUAAUGGUAUACAAGUUAAAAGAUUAGAAAUUGAACUACGUAAACCUGAUCAUGAUGAACACGCUGAAAGAGUAGAAAUCAAAGACAAUAAAACGGACAAUAAACAUGAUGACUGUGGAACCAGCCUUACAAAGACAGAAAAUAUUGCAUGCCAAACAGAAUUAAUUAAUAGCACAAGCCAGUCUCAAAUAACAAAUAUUAACUAUGAAAUUAAUAAAGUAGAAAAUAUUUUUUGCAAGGAUGAUGAUAAAUCGCAUGGUGAUGAUUCUUUAACGAAUUCUUUCGAUCUCAAAGAAACAUCAAAUAAUAAACUAGAAGUGGGUAACGGAGAUACACCCUAGUAACUUAGCAAAAAAAUAAAUAAUUUCAAAAAAAAUAUUAAAGAGGAAUUCAAGUAUAACGUAAGCAAAUUUUUGAUGUUAAUUUUUUAGAUCGUCCUUAGUAUAAAUCGAGAACCCGCUCUCUCAAAUGAUAAAACGUAAGAAUUUUUUUUCCACAAUUUGCAAACAAAACAUUUAGGAGUGAUUUUUUCAAAAUGUGGAAAAAACUCUGCAUUUCUUGCUAAGUGAGAAUUUAGUACGUUUAUUGUAAUUUAAAAGAUUUAGUACCUCAAUAGCUGUCAAAAAAGUGAGUGAAUACCUUUCAUUUUCGAUUCCCCAUUCGAAUGGUCAAAUUUUUCAUGCCAAAUUAACUAUAUUAUCCCCUUCAGAUAUUGUAUCGAUUAGACAAAUUCCCUUUUGUAUUAUUAUUAAGGUAGCUCUUUCCCUACAAUCCAGUAUAAAAUUAUUGGCUUAUUACCCAUUCUAUAAGUAUAUACUUAGCUGUACAACUACACUGCAUACAACUAAGUUUUUAUUGUUUACUGUACACAUACACAUACACCCUUCCAUUAAAAAUAAUACUCAAAUGUAAUAUUUAAUUUAAUAUUUUAGGGACACUAA